AAAAAGAUAUCAUUUAUCUUGAUGAAGAAGAUGAAGACUUCAUUAACAAAAAUGAUAUUUGGAAUCAUACAAAUAACUGUUCAGAACAAGAAGAAGACACUCAAAAACUGCUUCGGGAUGAAAACGAAGAAAAUCUGGAAAUAGAAAGAUUAAAAAUAAGAAAAAUUGAAAACACGAAUACUGGUGAUGACAUAGUCAGUAUUGUGUGGUCAGAAACGUCAGAGGAUCUGAAUGAACUUACAGAAAUUCUGAAUUAA